CGGUUUCACUCGAAUACGCUUGCCCCCAGAGCCAUGGCUUCCGAAGCCGUCACCACCGCUUUACAGCAAAUCGAGACGGCACCCGUUAGCGAUAAGCCCGCACAGUACACCACCCUCCUCCAGCAGAUUAUUGAAUCAUCGGCCAAUGUGUCUGCCGAUCUGAAAGCAUACGCACAAACUCUCCUGGACGAUUCGCUAGGCAUAGUAGUGCUGCGGCCACUGCUUGCUGCCUUUGUAGACGCCUUCCGGACACUCAAGGACGCAGACGCAAAGAUAGAGAUUGGUGAGAAGGUCAUUACACUACUUCAGUCCAAGGGUGCAGGGCAAUAUGAAGAGCAGGACACUCAGAUCAAGCAAGCACUGGCAGAUGCUUUCGAAGAGAACGAGGACUACAGGCGGUCUGCGCAGACACUCGCUACCAUCAACCUAGAGUCUACCCAGAAAUCCGUCACUCCAGAUGAAAAGGCCAAAGUAUGGAUUCGGAUAGUGCGGUGCUAUCUAGAGGAGGACGACCCAACCAGCGCAUACACACAUCUAAACAAGAUCAAGAACAUCAUAUUCAGUGUUCAAGACAAGGCGACCAAGGUCAUGUUCCACCUCAGCCAGGCGCGCAUCCUGGACUCUCAACGCUCUUUCCUCGAUGCUGCACAGGCAUACUAUGGAAUAAGCAACGAGCCAAUGGUGGAUCCGGAGGAGCGAGAUGGGUUCCUUGGACGAGCCAUCAUCUGCACAGUCCUCGCACCAGCCGGUCCACAGCGAGGGAAGAUGCUGGCCAAGCUGUACAAGGACGACCGAGCCAGUUCCGCUGACGACUACGCAAUCUUGGAGAAGAUCUUCUUGAAUCGUCUGCUUACACCUGCUGAGAUCAAGGCCUUUUCUGCUAAGCUCGACCCUCAUCAUCUUGCCCGAGGCUCAGACGGUUUGACAGUGCUGGAAAAGGCUAUUCUCGAACACAACCUGGUCGGUGCUUCCAAGCUAUACAACAAUAUCGGAUUUGACCAGCUUGGCGAGCUGCUAGGCAUCGACGCAGAGAAGGCAGAGGAUUAUGCAGCAAAGAUGCUGGAACAAGGUCGCCUUGCUGGAUACAUUGAUCAGAUCGACCGUUAUGUCUUCUUCGAGGGAGAGGCUAGUGGAGAGCGCAAGACGGGGCAUGCGGAGCGAGUGGUGGGCAAGGAACUACGUAAAUGGGACGCCAACGUCACAGGGCUCGCAGAAGAGGUGGAAAAGGUCACAUCGAUGAUCCAGAAUCAGCAUCCAGACUUCCAUGCAGCCCAGGUAGUGCAUUAGGAGUAACAGCCAGCAGUGUGAGGAAUAGUUGUAGCAUAAUCGGCGUACGGGAUUAGAUAUACCCAAUGC